GUUCUCCAGUCCACCUGCCCAAAGCAUCGUGUAAAAUACGAAGGCGCUUCCAUUUUUCUAUGAGCCUUUCCAAUGCAUCUCAUCUCGAGUAAGAUGUACACACUCUUAAGCACCUGGCUGUGCAAUCCUUUUGCCCUUCCCACCCUCAUUGUAAAAGUUGUAUCCAUUUUUCGCGGAUUGGGAGAGACAGCAGCUGGUUCUACGCUCCAGUCUCUCGGUCUCUCCCAGUUUCCUUUCGCAAAGCAGACGGCGACUGCCACUCGCAUUACGAUGACCACCCCCAGGCACAGUGUAUCCGACCAGAAGGUACUACCGAAUGUUGGGAAGUGCGAGAUGUAUUCUCAGGAUUCGUGCAUCUGCCUUGGGGCACCCAUCUUCUGCCAAUGCCCUAGCACACAACCAUGCACGGGCACCCGUGGAAGAAACAAAUUCUUUUGUGAUUCAUGUGUGCUCCACUGCGAGUCUGAUAGGGACCACCAAGCAGCUCAGAAGUCGCCGAUGGAGCCAGUUGCCGAAGCCCAAACAGAACAACCCAGCGAGCGGGUAGCAAAGUCUCAAGAACUUCCAAAAGACAGCGAUUCCACUCCUCAAUACCAUGGCGAUAAGCCCGUUCAGUUGCUCUGCGGAUGCGAACGGGGCAAUUUCCUUUUUAGAGAACCCUGUCGGGCCCUCUCCGAGUGCGACAAACUGGUCAGGAAACACGAUUCAUAUUGCGAUACUUGCCUUGAAAGAAUCUGCGAGAAGAGAGAGUAUCUCUGCCGAUGCUUGUGGAAACCGUCAGACAGAAUCUCUCUUCGUUGCUCCGCUGUCAGGUGCCUACAAACCGUCGGCAGCGAGUUGUCCAACUACGGCAAAUGUUGCGGUGCAUGUAGACUGUGGAAUUGUCCUGCGUCUGCUUACAUGUACUUAGAAAACUCUCCUGCAACUUCUGCCCGACCUUCGACGCCUACCGAUCGCCGCCGCUGAGCAUGGCAUCAACCGUUGGCAUAUCCCCUCAAACCUCCUCGGGAUGACGAAGAUCUCGUCGAGCAAAUACCAAAAAGACGGACAUAACUGGAGAACCUUCGAGUCAAGGAGUUUUAAGACAACAAAAGAACUCACCCCCUGUUGGCGUGCGCUCCUUCUGGCUGAGGAAUCAGUCAAAUAGCUUGGAGCAAGCCGAGGCCUAAACCAACCGCGACGGACAAACUGCCACUACACAGGCAUAUCCAAUCACGUCGACAUACU